UGGUCCUGUCUGGUGUCAGAUUUCUCGUCAUUCAUGCCAGCUAACUGAGAACAAGCGACGGCCUUCUCUAAUCUUUCAUUGAAAAAAGGCGAAAGCGAGACGAAAAUACCAAUAGAUUGACACCGCCAAAAUGAUCCACAGCCUGUUCCUCGUGAACUCKUCGGGGGACAUUUUCCUGGAGAAGCACUGGAAGAGCGUUGUGAGCCGCUCCGUGUGCGACUACUUUUUCGAGGCGCAAGAGCGCGCCAGCGAGCCGGAGAACGUGCCCCCAGUCAUCCCAACCCCCCACCACUACCUAAUCAGUGUGCUAAGGCACCGCAUUUACUUUGUGGCAGUUAUCCAAAGCGAGGUGCCGCCGCUCUUUGUCAUUGAGUUCUUACACAGGGUGGUUGAUACAUUCCAGGACUACUUUGGGGUGUGCACGGAGGCAGCGAUCAAGGACAAUGUGGUGGUAGUAUAUGAGCUACUAGAGGAGAUGCUGGACAAUGGUUUCCCCCUGGCCACAGAGUCCAAUAUCCUCAAAGAGCUCAUCAAGCCGCCCACCAUCCUGCGCACAGUGGUCAACACCAUCACAGGCAGUACCAAUGUAGGGGAGCAGCUCCCUACUGGCCAGUUGUCUGUGGUGCCAUGGCGACGCACUGGAGUGAAGUACACCAACAACGAGGCCUACUUUGAUGUAGUGGAGGAGAUUGAUGCCAUAAUCGAUAAAUCAGGAUCCACUAUCACAGCAGAGAUCCAAGGGGUGAUUGACGCCUGUGUGAAACUGACAGGCAUGCCUGACCUCACUCUCUCAUUCAUGAACCCUCGUCUGCUGGAUGAUGUGAGCUUCCACCCGUGUGUGAGGUUCAAGCGCUGGGAAGCGGAGAGGAUCCUCUCCUUCAUCCCCCCAGAUGGAAACUUCCGGCUMCUCUCCUACCACGUCAGCUCCCAGAAUCUGGUGGCCAUCCCGGUGUACGUKAAGCACAACAUCACGUUCAGGGAGGGUAGUUCUCAGGGCCACUUUGAGCUGACCCUGGGCCCCAAGCAGACCAUGGGGAAGGGAGUAGAGGCUGUUCUGGUCAGCAGCCAGCUGCCCCGCGGAGUUCUCAACACCAACCUCAACCCCACCCAGGGGACAUACACCUUCGACCCUGUCACUAAGCUCCUGUCGUGGGACGUGGGUAAGAUCAACCCUCAGAAGCUGCCUAGUCUAAAGGGCUCUAUGAGCCUGCAGGCAGGGGCCUCCAAGCCAGACGAGAACCCCACUAUCAACAUCCAGUUCAAGAUCCAACAGUCGGCCCUCUCUGGACUGAAGGUGAAUCGGUUGGAUAUGUACGGGGAGAAGUACAAACCAUUCAAAGGCAUCAAGUACAUGACCAAAGCUGGCAAAUUCCAGGUCCGGACAUAGAGGCUUGGCUCGCCACUCUCUGGCCUCUGCACCACUACUGUACAACAGAUAGGAGGUGGUUUCAGAAUGGGGGGGUAUGAUACAUUCCCUGUGUAAAUGCAUUUCAGGAUUUGUCCUCACAAACUAGGGGCUCUGCUGUCUUAACUGAACUACUACAGAAUGUGUGACACGACACACGAAAUCCUGUUUUUAAUGGAGUUGUUUGCACAGUCAAAUGUGUUAGUUGAGAGGUUACCAGUCUCAACGUAGCUACGGCUUUUGUAGCAGGCCUAAAAUGGUUGUCUCUGUUGUGUCAUUUCUGGUUCUCUCUCCAAGCUCUUUGCUAUCCUUUCAGUUCGUCUUGUGAGUGAGAAUGGCAGGCAAAAUGGUUUAUGUGCUUCCCUCAGAUGUGUAACUACUGUCUACUGCUAGUACCCCUUUUCUCGUGCUUCAAUCCAUUCCUUAUAAUCAACAUUGCCCAGAGUUUUUUUCUUGUCAGGUCACAUGGCCCGGAAACACUCCUGGUGCUACUUCUAUUACAUUCCUAUGUUAUUCCUCGGUCCCCUUGGUAUUURCUACCCUCACUUAUUCCAAAACUCCCCAUUUCCGGAAUUUUUCUUCUCAGUCCCCUGAACCAUAUUUAUGUAUUUGCCUGUCUGUCAUCAACACUGAAGUCAACACAUUAGAGUUUGAGAAUGUGACAUGAAAUCCCUUCCUCUGAAUUAUGCACAACCAUAUUCAUUGUUCUAUCAUCAGUUAACACUGUAUGUAUAACUAUGUCCUUCCAUAUCAAAUCUAACGGUUGUAUUAUGCGGGUGAUAUGUUACUGCUUUUCUCUCCUUUAUAUCAUGUAAGGUGUCARGUUGAGCACUUUGCUGUGGUCUACCUGAAGUUUUGUCCACCUUAAUCCCUCUUGAUUACCUUUUUUAAUUCUUAUUUAUUGACCAAUGAUUGAUCAGGGACUGAAUCCUGAUCCAAGCACAAUCCUAUACUGUAUAGCCCUAUUAUAUAAUACAGCACAGAUUUAUCUUUAUUACUCUAUAGUGAAUUCUCUUUGUAGGUAUGUUCUCUAUACUGACUGACAUACUACAGUUUGAUGAUAACGAUGGGUUUCCCUAUCAAGAAUGUUAAAGGUUUGUGUUUACAGCUUUUGUUUGUGUGUCUGUCAAAUUAAUUCAAGUUGAGUUUUACAAUGGUAUGAUAUUAAAGAUUUCAGAAUUGAUAUGAUAUACCCUGAAUUAUCGGGUUAAUUUUGGUCCUCUCAGUUAGUGGAUACUUUGAAACUACUACAAUGUAGUCGGUGUAGAUCUGGCUGUUACCAACUUAAAGAUCCACAUGUUUCUACAUGUCUGUAACUUCAAACACAUUUCUGUCAUGAUAUCUUGAGUAUUAUGAGGCCAUUAAUGAAGAUGCAUGGGAGGUUUUAAUGUUUUUGGUUUGAUGAACUAAAUGGUAAACAAAUGUUGUGGAUUGUGCUUCUUUUCUACCCCACAUCAUGGGUAGGCUACAAUGAACAUUUUUCUCAAAUUAUUCGAUCUUUGAAUUCCACAGAUAUUCCAAACUUAACAGUUCGACAAAUAGCCCACACCAGUUACUAUUAUGUGGAAAAUGACAUCAAUGCAAAUACCAAUUUUCAUAAUUUUGAUUAGGAGGACAUAGUCCAUCUCAUAUUUGUUUUCUUACCGUCUAAAAAAUAAUCCCAUGAUUUGACUAAUGUCAUUUCAUGUUUUAAUUUUAUUGAGGGUUUGUGUGUAAAACGUAAAAAUGUGUACUGUCUGAGAUGAGAAUGACGUCAUGGGGAGAAGCGUUAACUCUGUUGUUCCACUGUGUGUAUCGAACUCCACUCCGUAAUUUGCUGAUCACUUUAACCGCUCCACAACGUUUUCUGCUAUUAUUUUCUUCGUCUUUUAACUCUAACCAGACCUCGGACCUUCAACGAGUCACUAAGUGAAAAACUGUGUAAAAGAAUCGCGCAUUUUCUCAAAGUUUAUUGGCUACGUUUUGUUUUUAUUCUGGGAGUUGAGUUGCUUUUUAUGUUACUGUUCCACUGCAAUUUCUUGCAUUAUUUUUCUCAUUAUUAUAAUUCACAUUCGAACAACUUUUCAAUAAUAAUAUCUAGACUUUUGCUUUGCCUUUGAAGGGGGAGUUUAUGCUGUUUUAUUUUUAUAAACUUUAUCUAAGGUUAAAAAAAAUCGAGGGAUAUUUAAAGACCCACCCGUCAAACGUGGUAUGUAUCCUAUCUCUUGAGAUAUUUCUCUAUUUCCUUUCUAUGGCCAUCAGCCUUUCCAAAUAGCCUAACAGCUUGUUGUCGAAAUAAAUCUGGAUGUGUAUUCCACCAAAUGAAAGUGAGUAGUAUCUCAUCAGUAAAGCAAUUAGUCAAAUACACAUUGGGCCCACUGAUAAACUCCAGUAUUGAAUGUGUGUGACUUCACACAUGCCUUAACAGAUGUAUGUAUCUGUUUGACAGAUAAUGAGGUUUAUGUAAAUGUGAUCAUACCAUCUAAUUGUGUAUUGUUUUAUCUGAUGUUUUUCUCACUUUUUAUCCUUUGAUCAUUGUUCGUGUCUAUUUGCUCCCCGGGGUGGUGUUUUAAAAGUCUGUAUUUGAUGUUUUUCCCCCUCCAACCCCUUUAACUGACACUUCAAUAAACGAUUGAAAAAGUGUUUAA